UCUACAUGCCGUCCCAAUCCUCCAUUAAUGGAGCCUUUGGCAAGAGCUCCGCCUCUCUCUUCGACCGUAGCGCAGUAAACCCUAUCAAAGCCCUUCGCUUCAGCUUCUCAACGAAAACGUCGACUGCCUCUGGCACCACCGUCCCGGUAAAGAUGGCGCGACUGAUUUCCUCCGCCGACUCAGGCGCUGGCGCCGCCACUGCGUCGCACCGCGUGGUGUUUGUGGACACCAGCCUCGACACUCACCUCGCGAUGGCCGUCUCCGAAUCCGACACAGUUUCGGACCUCAAAAAGAAAAUUAUUCGAGCGCACCAACAGUGCUUUCCGCAGUUUGGGGAGAUCAAAAUCAACGCAGUAAAGGUCAACCGAAGAGGGCACUCUUAUCACUUAUCCGACUUCAUAAUUGUGAUAAGUGCGUUCGAUGGGGUGAAGAAAGGUUGGUUUCUUUAUUUUGAUGCUUCGAGUCCAGUGGAGCGCCAAUGUCACCCUGGGGAACCUCCUAAUGCUAUAGUGGAGAUUAAGGAAAGGAGUAAUGAACAUGGGACCGUUGCUGCCAUAGAACAUGGCAGUGAAGCUAUACCAGAUUUAAGGGUUGCAUUUGAAGCGCAUGGUCAAGAAACUUUGCUGCCAGUUGUGAAGUGCUUGGAAUUACGAGAUGAAGGCAGUCCAAUGGAAAUUAAUCCAAGUAAGAAAAGGAGGAAAAUGAAAAGUGAAGCAACAGAACCUCUCAAUUCAUCCGAUGCUAUUGUUCUUCCUUCUGGGAAGGAUGUUUUGGACCAGAUUCAUGGGGAAACGAUGGAAGUUGAUACUGGGGCUGCUGUUACCAACCUUGAGAAAGCCAUUGUCUUAGGAAAUGUUCAUGCUGCGCCUUUUCCUGAAGUCCUUGAUAGUAUCGAGAAGGCUGAUGAUGCUCUUAUUCAGCGAGCAGAUGCUGAGAUGAAUGAUCUGGGUGCUGCUAAAAAGGAAAACCAAAGUGCUGCCGACUUUGUUGACGAGGAUUGCUCUCUUUUUCAUGAGAUGGACGUUGGACUUCCCUCAGCUGGGAAUGCUGCUUUAGCCAAUAAUCAACUAUCGGAAACUGGUCGACGUGAUACGAAUAAAAUGUUGCAGGCUAACGAUGCUCAUGUGGGUGCUGAAGAAGUUAGUGUUGUCCGUGCAGUAGAUACUGAAAAUAUUCAGGAAAAUACAGUUUGUCCAAAAAGAAGGAAGAAGAGUAGCAGAAGAAAGUCUUCUGCUGGAGAAAAAUUGGAAAUAUCAAAUUCAAUAAGUCAUGAUAAUUCUUUCAUUGAGCUUCAGCAAGCUGUAGAUUAUAUUCAAUCUGAAAAUAGGCUGAAUGAUGAAAAGAGCUUGUCAGAGGAGGGAAAGGAAGUAGCAGUUGCAGAUGCAGACAAAAACACUGGCAAGGAGCAUGGACUUGAGACAGGAAUCUCUCGGGAAAUCACAGAAAAUGCUGAAAUUGCUGUGGAGAAGAUGAAGAAGAGUCGUAAGAGACGGAUUUUGAAGGAGACAAAUGUUGAUCAGAGAAGUGAUAGACCUGAACAAGAGCAAAGCAGUCAAUCGAAAGUGGAGAGAAACAAAAUAGCAGUUGUGGAUGCAAAUGAGAAGUGUGGUAAGGAGCAUGAAAUCGACAUGGGAAUAUCUGGGGAAAUUGCAGAAACUGCUGAAAGUGUCAUAGGGAAGACUAAAAGAAGAACUAAGAAACAGAGUUCUAAGGAUGACCAGACAAGUGAUAGGCCUGGGAGAGAGCAAAGCAGUCCAUCGAAAGACGAGGGAAAAGAAACCAGGUCAAUGGCUGCUGAUCAGAAAUUUGACGAGGAGCACAUGGAUGAUGUGGGAUCUCUGCAGCAUAUCCCAGAUAAAGCAGCAGUUGAAGAUGACCUUGAGGCGAAGAUACAGAAGAAGAAAACUAGGAAACGGAGUUCUAAGGAGAAGAAAGAUGAUCAAUCUAUUGAUGACAUCGGAAAAGAGCAAAGCUAUUUGCCUCAAGCAGAAGGAAGAGAUGCGCCGGCUGUGGAUGCUGAUGGCAAGGACAUUACAGAGAAAUCGGCAGAUGCUGAUAAUCUCGAGGAGAAGACAAAGAAAAAAGCUACGAGACAGAGAUCUAAGGAGAGAAAUGCUGAUAGAAUUGAUAAAGUAGAAGCGAGUUUAUCUCAAGCAGAGGGAGCAAAAACAAUAGCUAAUAUGGUUGCUGAAAAUAUAUACUAUGAGCAGAGUGGAAGUGAGAUGGAACAGUCUUGUCAGUACACCGAAAAGUCAGCGGAUGCAGAUAAUGGCAAGGACAAGAGAAAGAAGAAGACUAUGCGACGGAGUUCUAAGGAGAAGAAUGUUGAUCUGUCCAAUGAUGGAGUUGAUAAAGAAGCCAAUUUCUCUGGAGCAGAAGGUGGAGAAGCAGUGGCUACUGUGACUGCUGAGGGUAAACCAUAUGAGCCAAAUGGAAAUGAGACAGAACGGUUGGGUCUGGUCAUGGAAAAUUCAGCACAUGUAGAUAUAGGUAAGGAGAAGAAAAGGAAGAAAACAACGAGGAGUUCUAGGGAGAAGAAUACUGAUCAAUCCAGUGAUAGAAUUGAUAAAGACCAAAACUAUAUUUCUCAAGUGGAGGGGGCAGUGGUCGCUGCCAGUAAGACAUCUGAAGGAGAGGAUGGAAAUGAGAGGCAAUCCUCAUUGCAGAUUAUCGAAAAGCCAGCAAAGGCAGAUAAUAAUGACGAGAAGAUGCAGGAGAAAGCUAAGGACUGGGGUAAUAAGAAUAAGGAUAUUGAUCAGUCCAGUGAUAUAACUGAAAAGGAGGACAGGAAUCACUCUCGUGGUGCAGAGGGAAAGAAAACAGCAGUUGUGAAUGCUGAUGAAAACUUGAAUCUCGAUCAUGGAGAUAAUAAUGGGGAGAAGGCUGAGAAGAGAACUAAAAGUAGGCAAAGUUCCCAAAAGAGUAUCCGAUCUAAUAGGGAGGCAAAGGAUUUAACCUCCAGUCAUAGCGCGAUGGAGAAGGAUACUAGUAAUUUGGGAAGCUCUGUCAUAAUGGCCAAAGGAAAGAAGUCAAAGGCAACAGGUUCAAUAGCUGAGAGAAAUGAUCAAGACUUGAAAGCCCAGAGAACAGCCGAGGUUACAGUUGAUCCUACUACUAAUAGCAAUUCUGAUAUUGCUCGAGUGCAAUCAUUAGAAGCAAAUAAACAGGGCGUCCCCCUUAAUGAAGUUGCUGAUAAUCUUCUCCUAGACGAUCAUGCAGGUGAAGCGAAUAAUCCUGUGGAUGAAUUGCAUGGGAGAGAGAUCAACUUCAGGGAAUAUUUUGUGCCUCGGCAAUCCCAGCAGGAAGUUGCUGCUUCUGGUAAUUCCUCAGUCGUCAAAGUGCCAAAGGAAAACAGAGCAGGGAGAGACCUGAAAGUUAAGAGUGGAAAAAGGAAAUCGGCAUCGUCUGCUAUGACAGGAUCGCUUCACCUAAAUGAACAAACUGGUGAAGAAACAUCUCGAUUCAGUAAGUCUGAUAAACUCACCUCUCCAGUCAAGAAGAUCCGUAAAACUCAUGGACGUGAAAGUCAAGCAUCGGCAUUCCCUAAGCCCAAAAUCAUGGAAUUUAAUGCUAAUUCAGAGAGGGACAGCGAAAAUUCUGCUGCAUCAAAUUCUGACAUGAAAGGGUCGAAGAAACCUAAAAGGGGCCGUUCCAGUGUAGACCGCUUCCGUGUAGCUAUUAGAAAGCCUUCCAACAAGAACAAGGGAGAAGUUGUGGAUAGCUCCGAACGCAAGAGAAGUCUCUUAUCUUUAUCUGGUGCGAUUUUCAUGGAAGAAAGCAGUGGGAGUUCCGAACGUAAGGGAGUCGAGAAUUCAGAUGCAAGCACCAGGACCCCAUCUGACAAUUCAUUGUCAGACAGCUCCGACAGCGAUACCCUGAAUGAUGAUUCUAGAAGAGACGGGGAACAUAGCAAAGGCAAAUCAAGCAUUAAAGGGGUGGAGAGUCUGUCCAUGGACAGAAUCCUCAGGAGUUCGAGUGGGUACAAGAAGGCCAGGCUAGCCGCUGCAUCACAACUGGAAGAAAAUGAGAGCCAGCCCGUUGAAUUUGUUCCCGACAGUCAGGCCAACGUCUGAGCACAAAGAAGUGAAAGACGGGGCGGCAGGUCAGAUCAAGAUAUACCUAUUUAAGGAGAUUAUGGCAUUCUGGGUUUUCUGCUGCUGCUUUUUUCGCCGUCAUUGUUCGGCCAAUUUCAGUAUGCUUCUCUUUGUUCGCCAGUCUCCAAUCGACGGCCCAAGGGAUGAGGUCUCAAUAAUGCAGAUCAGGGAAGCUUGGGCUGAGUUUUGCUUUACAGAAAAUAUGAUUUUUUGGAGAAGCAACAUUUUUGUCAUGUUCAAUGUGGUUCGAGGUGGUGAGAGAGGACACUUACAAAUUGUUUAGCUUUCUCAUUAUACACCCGGUAUCAGUUCAUCGACCCAAAAAUGAGGAAGUUAUAUAGAAAGGUGUGGUUACUUUGGUAUUA